UCGGGGACCUCGAGCGGGGGCCGCGCUGCGCGCAGCUGGACUAGGGGAGGGGGGCGGCAGCUACACAGCUGGACCGACGGGGGCGGGGUCGGUCCUGGGCGACUGGCUGAGAGGAAGGCCUGGAGCCGCCGAGGACUGGAGCAUGGGACGGCGCGCCUGAAGGAGCAGGAAGGGGAGGAAGGGGCCUGGGACCCCGAAAGGAAAAAAGGAGAGAAGCGGGGACGAGAACCGAGGAGGAAGAUGCAACUGACUCGCUGCUGCUUCGUGUUCCUAGUGCAGGGCAGCCUCUAUCUGGUCAUCUGUGGCCAGGAUGAUGGUGCCCCCGGCUCGGAGGACCCUGACCAUGAUGACCGUGAGAGCCAGCCCCGGCCCCGGGUGCCUCGGAAACGGGGCCACAUGUCGCCCAAGUCCCGCCCCAUGGCCAACUCCACUCUCCUAGGGCUGCUGGCUCCACCGGGGGAAGCUUGGGGGGUCCUUGGGCAGCCCCCUAACCGCCCAAACCAAAGCCCCCCACCCUCCGCCAAGGUGAAGAAAAUCUUUGGCUGGGGCGACUUCUACUCCAACAUCAAGACGGUGGCCCUGAACCUGCUCGUCACAGGGAAGAUUGUGGACCACGGCAACGGGACCUUCAGCGUCCACUUCCGACAUAACGCCACGGGCCAGGGCAACAUCUCCAUCAGCCUCGUGCCCCCCAGUAAAGCCGUGGAGUUCCACCAGGAGCAGCAGAUCUUCAUCGAAGCCAAGGCCUCCAAAAUCUUCAACUGCCGGAUGGAGUGGGAGAAGGUGGAGCGGGGCCGCCGGACCUCCCUGUGCACCCACGACCCAGCCAAGACCUGCUCCCGAGACCACGCGCAGAGCUCUGCCACCUGGAGCUGCUCCCAGCCCUUCAAGGUCGUCUGUGUCUACAUUGCCUUCUACAGCACAGACUAUCGGCUGGUCCAGAAGGUGUGCCCAGAUUACAACUACCACAGCGAUACCCCCUACUACCCCUCUGGGUGACCCUGGGAAGGCCACACAGGCCAGGCCAGGCCAGGGCUGGAAGGACAGGCCUGCUCAUGCAGGAGGCCAUCUGUCUGGACACUGGGCCGGGAAAGGGAUGGGCCUCAGGCAGGGAGGGGGUGGAGAAGAGGAGAAGCCACGUGGGGUCAAGGCCUCACGGCCACCUGAGGCUGCACGGGUGGGGGAACAGGCUCUGGGCCGCCUCCCAGGGCUUCCCCGUUGAGCCACACGCAAACGCCCGGUCCCUGAGUCCCCUGAGCAGGCAGAUCAGUGUGGCCCCAGGUCUAGCCGUGGAGAGGAGCCUAGACCCUGGCUUUCUCCCUGCCUUCCUGAGAGAGGACAGCACCAGGGAGGGGGUAGGUUUCAUCAGUGUGGACGCCAAGCAGUCCCCUUAGCAGGGAUGGCUGAAGCAGGGCUUCCUGGGAGCCAGGGGGGCGGAGGGGCCAGGAGGAGCUCCAGCCCAGCCCAGUGGGCGACCCCAAGCCCCUUGUCCCACACUGGGCACAGCAGGAGGCUGACAUGGUGACUCGUGCGGUCUCUGAUGUCUGGGCAGAUAGACCAUGUCUCCAGCUAGGCCACCCCUUUCCAGAACCUGCUCCUGCCAGCACCCCCACUCCUACUCCCCCUCUUGCUGAUGGCACACAUGUCCUUAAGCUGAGACAGGACGACUGGGGUCCUCUCAACACCAAGCCACAGGGGACACCCCAUAUGCCGUGUGUCCCUCCUCCACUCCUGUCCCCGCUGGCUCCUCUGGGAGCUUCCUUGUCCCAGAAAGUGGUUCCUCAACAGUCACCUCACCUGUCAGGCUGGGGCUGUCCGCAUGGGGAUGGUUACCCCUCUCUGCAGCCCUGGGCGGGUGAGGCUGGAGGGAGCCUGAGGGAGCCCGGGGUCUCUUCCGUAGUGUCUGUCUGUGGGUGGGGGAGGGGAGGGAAGUCUUGUGAAAUCACCUGAUUGUCAACUUGUGUGUGCAGAAUCUUGUUCUCGAAGCAGAGAAUAAAGCUUUUCCCGGGGCA